CGGGCCCGGGCGGGCUCCGCCGCGGCUGCCCUACCAUCUCCGUGGGGAUGGAGCAGAAGAUGUUGCGCAUGGCGGCGCCUCACAGCCCUCGUCCAGUGGCUCGUCGCAGCCGUCACCGUCUGUCUCGUCGUCCUGAAGGCCCUGCGGCGGCUGCCGCUCGUCCACGUCACUCAGCGAGGCGGGGGCGGGCACCGGGGCGCUGCGGCCCUCCCACCGCCCUGGUUCGGCGCCGGAACAGCGCGGCGAGGCCGGCAGGAAGCACUGCCCUCUCGCCCCGGCAUCGCUCAGUUUAAAGCGAUAGUCGCCUGCCUCGCUUCUUGGCUCCCCGGUGCCGCCCCUGCCGGAGCCUAGGUGCCCGGGCUGCGCCGGCAUCGGCCGCGGCGGGACGCCGUCUCCCGGCAACGGCGGCAGCCAGCCUGAGAGGCCUUCAGCCGGCAGGUACGAGGCGCCGCUGGGGCCGCCGCAUAACUGGCGCCGGCGCUGACUUGGCAGCCUGUGGGCGGCCUUUGCCGCCGCAGGUCAGAGCUCUCCUCACGAAGCUGCCGGCUGCUGCCGCGGCCCCGCUAGUGCAACAGGCCGGGCGCGACGCGGCUUUCGCGCCUUGCGGCCAUCAGGCGUCGCGGCAGACCCCUGCGCCCAGAGGCGGCCGCAGGCUCGCUGCCCGGGUGGCGGGCGGCGGCGGCGCGGGCACACGGUUUUCAGAAACCUUAUGCUAAUAAAUAAAAUAACAAGAGAAAAAUGUCGUUAAGGAAAGUGAACAUUUCCAUCCUCAUAGUGGCUGUUGUCAUAUUUUUGCUAGUUCUUCAUCAUAACUUCCUGGGCCUCAGUGACUUCUUGAAACGUGAGUUGUCAGAUUCAAAUCCAUUAGGACUUCAGCCUGUUGACUUCAUACCUGCAGUUCCCCAGAGGCUGACAGAUGAAAGGAAUGAUGAUGAUAAGGAGAUUUCUGUGGUCAUUGCAGCAUCGGAUGAGAGGCUUGGGGGUGCAAUUGCAGCCAUGAACAGUAUUUACCAUCACACUAGAGCCAACGUGGUUUUCCAUAUUGUUACUUUGAAUGAUACUGUGGAUCACUUGAGGCAGUGGCUGAGUAACACUGCUCUGAAAAAUCUGAGAUACCGAAUUUUGGAUUUCGACCCUCGUGUCUUAGAAGGGAAAGUACAAGUGGAUCCUCAAAAGGCAGACACCUUCAAACCAUUAACCUUUGCAAGAUUCUACUUGCCCAAUUUGGUACCUCACGCAGAGAAGGCCAUCUACGUGGAUGAUGAUGUAAUAGUGCAAGAUGAUAUUCUUGAACUUUACAACACCCCAUUGAAACCUGGACACGCAGCUGCAUUUUCAGAUGACUGUGACUCAACCACUAAUAAAGUUGCUGUCCGUGGAGCAGGCAAUCAGUAUAAUUACAUUGGGUUUCUAGAUUACAAAAAAGAAACAAUCCGAAAGCUUGCAAUGAAAGCCAGCACCUGCUCUUUCAAUCCAGGAGUUUUUGUUGCCAACUUGACAGAAUGGAAGUUACAGAACAUCACUAAGCAACUGGAGAAGUGGAUGGCAGUUAAUGUAGUGGAGGAGCUUUACAGUAGGACUCUGGCUGGGAGCAUCACCACACCUCCACUGCUCAUUGUAUUUUACAAGCAACAUUCCAGUAUCGAUCCCAUGUGGAACGUCCGGCAUCUCGGCUCUAGUGCUGGAAAAAGGUACUCUCCUCAGUUUGUGAAAGCUGCCAAGCUGCUCCAUUGGAAUGGACAUUUCAAACCAUGGGGAAGAACAGCUUCAUAUGCUGAAGUGUGGGAGAAGUGGUACAUACCUGACCCUACAGGCAAGUUCAACCUCAUCCGCAGACAUUCAGAAGCCUAUGAAGCAAAAUAAGACUCAAUUUCAAUAACUGCUGGCAUUUUCUCAGGAAACUUUGGGAGCCAAACAGGAUGGGUUUUUUUAGCCAACUUAUACUACAGAGCAGUCCUUGCCUUCUGGAGCACAAGGUGAUGCACUUACUCAGGUGCAGUUCUGAAAUGCACAAGCCAAAGGAGAGUCACUUCACUUGUGCAACUGAAGGUGCUACUCCAGCAGCACUAUGGAAAGCAAGGGAGGAUGCCCACGAACAUGGACUUGUUGGUUCAUUUCUGUCCAUUCUGCUCUUUACUACAAAUUUUCUACAGCAAGAAAUGGUUUUGAAGAAGAUACAACUUCAGCUGGUGCUUGCACCGUCCCAAACUUGCACAGCAACGUACUGUAAUUAAGAGCUGCUUGGGUUUUGUUCUGGGGUGGUUUGUUUUUUUGUUUUCUUAUCCUGUGAAAGUUUCCCCAACAACCCCUUUCUUGCAUGAAAUCUCCUCCCAGCCUUUUCUGUGUAAGUCAUUGUCAGAAAUCUGUAAAACUGAAGUGGUUCUUUUUGACAUGAAUUUUCCCAUUAUUAUUUCACUAUGCAAAGUGAUUUUAACUGCCAGUGAACACUAAAACACCUUUUUUUGUAAAGUGGUGAAGAAAACUGUUCAGUAAUAAAAGCUAAUUUUAACAUGUUGACUCAAGCCUCAAAGGAAAAAGCAAUCUGAUUUCUAGUCUUGAUCUAUGAAGUAUGUUUCCUUUUUACUUAAAUACAGUAGCAAGCGAUUGAAACUGAAGUUGAACAAUUUCAUCUUUAUGAAAGCCAUCUCAUUCUAAAAUUGUGCAAAAAUAGUAUUUUGGGGAAUUAGGAAUUACAGAUUAAUGUAAUUGUUAUUGUGAAGUUCCUCAUAGUUCUAUCAAGUCAGCAUGGUUCUGCUAUAGAAAUUUUUCCCACUGUGCCUUUCCCAGUCUGGCCCUUUAGGCUCAUCAAGUGAGAUUCCUGUGCCCUUUUGCAGUUGGCUGCCCAUCACUUCUAUAGGUAAGUUGGGUUUUUUUCAUAGUUGUGUUAAGUUUUAGUGAUUAUUAUUAGCUGCUCUAUCCCAGCAGUUACUGUGACAAUAAUUCCAUUUAAUACAGCUUUGAACUGAAGUUGUCAUUGUUAUUCAGCAAUACUGCUUGUGAACUGUCCUUAGUGCGAGCUUAGGCAAAAGGGUUUGUGUUAAUGCAGCGCUGGGCUGAGUGUUGCAUAGCCUGAGAUGCAGGGCAGCAGACAGCUAAUGGCCUCACUCAUGUAUUAAUAUGCUUUACAACUUACUUACCAGGAUUCUCAACUGCCUGACUCACUGACUACCUAUAUUUCUGUCAUGGAUUUUAUCUGUGCCUUAUAUAUUAUUUUCCUGGGCUUUGAUGAACAAGAACCAUUCUUUUUGUUCUUGAAGCAGUUAGGAGUAAGGAAUUGAGUUACCAAACACUGAAAUGUUCUACUAGAUCAACUUGAGAUCAGCUUAAUUCUGAUGACCAGGCUCUCUUAGCAGGCUUAAAUAAACUACACGUCUCUCUCUCUCCACUUGCUACUUUUUUAAAGCUGCCAAGGACUAUCAACGUACUGUCUAUUAAAGAAUACAGAAAUCAGACCUUUAAUAGGAAGAAAACAGAUGCCUAGGAGGAAGAUGGUUGAUGUGAGGCAUUUAUUCUGACUGCUCAAUUUGCUGAGCAUGUGCAGGGCCUCUUGGCAAUCCUCUUGCUACCCUGAGCACAGGAACACAUCCUUAUUGCACAGGGCAACCUUUUGCUUUACAGUUACCAGUUGUUCCUCUGUCUAAAGGGUGUCAUCAGGAAGUACCUUUCCCAGUGAAGGUUCUGGACAUAAAAUCACGAGCUUAGCUAAUACACCUAUGUCUAGCUGAAAUAAGUGGCAUUUUCUACCCAGUCUUUAUAUGUGGAAAUUCUACUGAAAUGUUACUGACUUAAGUCAUGUUCUAGAGCUGCAGCCUCUAAUCUUCUAGGAAAAGCAUGACUAGAAUGAAACAUUCAGCAUUGUGGGGUUUUUCCUUUCAAUACAUUUUUUUCCUAAGGCAAAGUGAAGAGUCUAAAUCAGUCUUUUUUAAAAUGGGUUUUAGUACAGGAAAUAAGUUUAGGAAACCAGCUGUAUUCAGCUUUAAGUCCUAGACUUGUAUAAAAUCUGGAACAAUCAAAGAAGACAUACUUUUAUAUACAUUAUUUGACAGCAAUAAUUGUGAAUCUUUGCAGCAGCUCUGGUAUUCAGCAUUCCAACUUUUGCCAGAACACAAGUCUUCGUGACUGUUCUGAAAGCCAGUACUUAAGUCCUCCAAAUGUUGUCCUCACACAUCAUUCAUUACACAUAGUCUGUAUUAAAAUCGUAGUCGUCGUCUUCCUCUGCUUUCUUAUCCAAGCUGAGUGAUAGUGAAUUGGAAUUUUCUGAGAAAAGAAAAUGCUGUGUUAGUGUAACCCUUGCAAGUGCUAGAGCACUAGGGACUGUUUUCCAAGGCAGGGUUUUUAAUACAGACCUGCUGUCUCCUUUUCUGAAUUUGUAGGACCUGUUUCUCGUUUCCCCAGCUUUGCUUUCCUGCUGACUGGAACUUUGCUUUCCUGCAAGUCAGAAAGAUCAGACAUAUGUCAGACAUUACUAAUGUUCUACUUGCACAAGAAACUUUGUAACAGAGACUGAUGGUGUGGCU